AUGGCGGCGGCCGCGGCUCCCAAGCGCCUACAUAUAAACGAGGAGAGCAGUGACGAUAAUAACAGCGAAGACUGGGGCGCAGACGAGAGCGAUUGGCGCACGUCGAGCUCAUCAGAGCCAGCGACGCGUUUCUCUCUCAUCGCGCUGCCUUCCAAAGUGCGGGACUCGGUUUUCCGCAAGCCCCGCAAGCCACAGAGGAAGACGAAGGACCGAUCGAGCACCGCAGACACCACAAUUACGUCGUCCGCGAACUCCACGCCGCGAGAUUCAGUGUUCAUCACGAAGACACAACAGGAACUGGAGAAUGUGGAGAGAUUCCGCAUCUUCUGGGACGAGAAACUUCGCAGCACAAUGGAGCGACUCGCGCGCACCAAACCGAAGCAGGACGAGGCCCAGGAGGACGUUUUCCAUUUGUUACUGAAGCUCUACGCCCACCAAAACGUGGUGGAGGAGCUGUACCGCAGCUACGACCUGAACGCUGCAGAGUUUGAGUUCUACAUCCCCCAACUCUGUACCUUCCUGAUACAUGGCAACUACGCGAAACAGCAUCAACUCGAGUGCUUCCUCAUGUCCAGAAGCGGCGACUCGUUGCCCUUUGCCCACAGACUAACGUGGUUCUUGAGAUCGUUCUGCGACGACGCCAAGGAGUACCAGUCCGAGUACUUGAGCGUCACAUCGUCUCAGGAUCAGGAGAACUCGAACCUUCUUACAGCAAUCUGCAUGCGGGCGGGAGUGCCUGCCUUACUGAUGAACAGAGGCCUCUGUGUAGAGGAGGUGUCAGUAGCCACGCCUCACAAUCUGGAGAAGAGGAGGUCGAUCAUCUUCCCAACGGACAACGAACUGGACUCCUCGACUCUAGACACGGACGAGACGUUCGCUGGGCAUUUACUAAGUAAGAGGAACUCGCUCCAAGAUGAAGCGAGAGCCGAGGAAGGCAACUCGCAGCAGAUUUUACUGUUCAAACAGACCCCCACGUUCGUGGAGGCGCUGACAGACCUGGCGGACCAGCUCAUCCCGACGCCACGGCCACAGAGAAACGUCGAGCUACGCAAAGGUCUGGCGGAGAUCGAGGAGCAGAUGUUGCCCUCCGACGUUAUCUAUCUGCCUAUUGGGAACUCGUACCACCGCGUCAAAGGGAUCCAGAUCGACGAGUGCUUCACGUUCUCCACGAAGGAGCGUGUACCGUACUUCUUGUGUGUCGAAGUGCUCGACUACUCGGUUGCGUCCUCUGCAGCAGCUUCCAAGAAGCAGCAGAGGAAGAGGAGGAGGUCAAAGACGAGUCGCAAUCAGUCGCGAGUCUUCUCGUUGCGACUUCCUUUUAAAAAGACGGACUCGGAGCUGACGGUACCGGUGGAGGACUCGCCCAGGUCCAGCUGUACGUCGCCUGAGAGUGAGCUGAGCUUUGUUCCGUCGCCCAGUGUGUCGUCCCCAUUGCCAGAGAUCGUAGAAGAAAAGGCAGACGCAUCGACAACACAAGUGCAGGAAGGAACGGCUGAUGAACCGCUGGAUGGUGAAGAUGGGGAUGAUGAGAAGGAGGAAAGUGAACGGAAAGCCAGGAAGAGCUCUCAGGAGGACGGAGAUCUCCAGAGAACUGGAGAGGAACAACAGGAACGAUUGGGCCAAUGGAACACGCCGAGACCUCGUCGACGCAGCAUCAAAGAGUACUCGUCCAGCGCCUCGGCUCGCUCUGGAGGACAAUUUGACAGCUUCUACUCGUCCUGGUUCUCGAAGAAGGCGCAGCAAGAAGCUCACGACGAGUUCAGUGACUCAAAUACUCAAUAUUUGCAGCCAGCACGGGUCACCGGCAAUGGCGAAGAGGAUGCUGAUGCAAAGAAGGAUAAGGAAAUCUCUGGCGACAAGCAAAUGCCGACUGGAUGUGUCGUGGAUGACGGUGAAGUGGAACAGACUGAAGCCAGCGAUAUCGUAAAGGAAUUUGACGAGGCUACAGCUAGCGUAACUCUGAGUUCAGUGGCUGCGGUCCCUGCGAAUGGAGGGAUCUUCUCGUCGUUAUUCUCCAGAAAGCCACUUACAGCUUCAGUGGUUGAAGCACACUCAAACCAGACGGAGGAUCAGCCUCAAGAACGUCAGGGUGAUGCACCGACCGACUGUGAACGCGUCGAGAGUGAAGCCUCACAACCGGAAGCUGCAUCUGCCUCAGCUCCUCCUGCAGGACUCUUCUCCUCGUUGUUUGUUAAGAAGCCUACAGAUGUGUCAGCUCCUGCUUCCAACCCAGUUGAGACUGAGAUCUCAGCUGAGGGAACAACAGAGCAGGAGAUAACUGCAUCCAGCAGCGAAGACUCCAACGAAGUUGCGGCUGCUGCGGCUCCUGUCGGUAUCUUCGCCUCUAUCUUCGCUAAGAAGCCUACUGAAGGCACUACUACAGCUCUUUAUGCCACCGAUGCAUCGGUAUCGUUGCUCGAGGUGAGUAGCGAGGGUACUUCGUAUGAUCUGGACGCCGAAGAUGCAGAUGGGGAAGACUCGGACUCGACCGAAACGCCCCCUUCCGAUGACACCCCAGCUGACGCAACAGAGGCCUAUGCCUCUUCACUUGAACGCAUUGACUCUGGUGUCUCUGACAGCGUUACGGCUGAAGAAGCAGACGGAGAGGAUACUGACUCGAACGGAGGCUUCUUUUCAGACGAGGAGGAUAUCCUCGAGCCUGAGCCUUCUCCUGUACAGCUACCCGCUGAAAAACCAGCUUCGUUCGUGUCGUGGUUUUCUCGGAAGCCUACAACUGUCAUGGUCGAGCCAGUUGCUGAAAAGGAGGACAGUGCUGCAGCAGUCACGGAUACUUCAGAAACUGCUGAAGAUACUAAGGCUUCUGAACCUGCAGCACCUGUGGUUGAGGACGACAACAAGACCCAGGAUGACGUCGCUGUUCAACAAAGACGACGAGAUCUUAGUGUGAGUCUCGACUUUGCUGACCCGACAGCGUGGAAGGAGAAGUUCGACUUGGAAGACGGACUUACUGAUGGCGAACCAGAGUUCGAAGCGACUGACACUGAUGCCGUAGAGGAGGAUGCAGAAGAAGAGGAACACGAAGCGUCGGACGACGAGAAGCCCAUGAUCGUUUUCCGAGAGCGUUGGAGUGAGAAGGAAGCGCGUAUUCGUCGCGAAUCUCCGUUCGGUGACCAUCCUGGAUGGCGACUUCUCUCUGUCAUCGUCAAGAGCAACGACGAUCUACGUCAGGAGCAGUUCGCGGCGCAGUUGAUUGCCCAAUGCGACCGGAUUUUCCGCGAAUACUCUCUUCCGCUAUCUCUCAGACCUUACAACGUGAUCGCCACGUCAGCCAAGACUGGUCUUAUCGAGGCUGUUCCCGACACUGUAUCGCUCGAUUCACUCAAGCGCAACGACCCAGGCUACACGACUCUCCUGGACUUCUACACUCGUCUACACGGCGACAAGGACACCACUGGCUUCACCCGAGCUCAACGGAACUUUGUGGAGAGUCUAGCAGCCUACUCGAUCGUCUGCUACGUGUUCCAGAUCAAGGAUCGUCACAACGGCAACAUCUUGGUGGACACAGACGGUCAUGUAAUCCACAUCGACUUUGGCUUCCUGCUGACCAACAGCCCCGGGAGCAACUGGAACUUCGAGCGAGCGCCAUUCAAACUCACGGACGAGUUCGUCGAGUUAAUGGGAGGUCCACGCAGCUCCUCGUUCCGGUACUUCCGAUCACUGUGCAUCCGCGCGUAUCUGGCCCUGCGUCGUAACAUGGAUCAGAUUGUGCUGCUUGUGGAGAUGAUGCUGGUGGGCAACGCCGACUUGCCCUGCUUCGCUGGUGGGAAGAAGGCGGUGAUCGAAGGUCUGCGAGCGAGACUCAAGCCAGGAGCUCGCACCAGCACAUGCCAAGUGUUCGUGAACCAGCUGAUCGACCAAUCCAUUAACAAUUGGAGGACACGCUGGUAUGACAAGUACCAACGAGCUUGUCUCGGAAUCCUGUAG